AUGGCAUCUAUACACAAAAUAAUUGUUAUUGUUGGUUUCAUAUCAUUAUUUCAUUCUGCAUUUUCUGCAGCUCAGCAUCGUUCAUAUCUUCGAAUAACGUCACAAGAAUUUACGACACUUCCAUUAGAUAUAAUAAUACAAGCAGUAACAAGCCUGUUUGCAAUAAUGUGGGGAGUUCUGAAUGUAUCAGGAAAACUUCGUGAAAUACAAGCUGCAGCUGAAUUAAAUAAUAGGAAAUGGGAGACCCAGAGGAACCUGCCAUCUUUUUAUAUCUUCAAUCAUAGAGGAAAAGCACUGGCUUUUAACUUUGUACCCACUCCAACUAAAGGAGAGUUAGAAAACUUAGAA